AUGGAAAAAUGGGACUCACUUGGCAUGAAAGUGGCAUAUGAAGAAGCUCAAAAGGGUUUCGAAGAAGGUGGUGUUCCCAUCGGUGGAUGCUUGAUCGAUGAAGAUGGUAACAUCCUUGGUUCCGGGCACAACAUGCGAUUCCAGAAAGGUAGUGCAACUCUGCAUGGUGAGAUUUCCACUCUAGAAAACUGUGGACGUUUGAAAGGAUCAGUUUAUAAAAAAUGCACUCUGUACACUACCCUGUCGCCUUGUGAUAUGUGCACAGGUGCCAUCCUUUUGUAUGGAAUUCCACGGUGUGUCGUGGGUGAAAACAUCAAUUUUAAAGGAAAUGGUGAGCAGUACCUAGCAGAACGCGGGUGUGAGGUGCGUGUCGUGGACGACGCAAAAUGCAAAUCCAUAAUGAAGCAAUUCAUUGACGAAAGGCCACAGGAUUGGUUUGAGGAUAUUGGCGAAUGA